AUGUACAGACAGCACAUCUUAACCCUUGCAGCCCGCGCCAGCCGCAAGAGUGCGCCUGCUUACCGCCAAUCUUGCUCGUUUCAUAACGUGAUACACACGCUUUCCAAAACCUCUGCCCGUCAUGACUUGCAAAACAUCGUAUUCCCGACAGUAUACUUUAGAGCUGCUGCUACUUAUAGCACUCAGUCGAAGGAUUGUGUUGUUGCGUUAGGCGAUCGCGUGUGUCUACACAUGGAUGGAACGCUGUCCAAUGGCAAGUCGCUUCCUAAAACACAAGAAGGAGCCCCCCUCAAAUUUAUUGUGGGCAGCGGUCAGGUGCUUCCUGGUGUUGAAGACGCUGUUUUAGGAAUGAAAAAAGGAGAAUCGAAGACAGUCACGAUUGAAGCUGUCCGCGCUUUUGGCGAAGAAAAGCAGAUCCUAACUGUCCCAAUUAAGGAGCUUAAUUUGCCGAAAAAAGAGCGCGAGAUGCUUGCUGUUGGUCAAGUACUAGAACUCGCGGGUGGUGAGCGUGCACGCAUUGUGAAAGUUACAGAAGAUAAAAUCGAAAUUGAUUUAGCUCAUCCUUACGCUGGUCAGUCGCUGACAGUUACGAUAGAGCUUGCGGGUCAUGAGCUGCAGACUGAUCUUCCUGGGGACGAGCGCCUCGUGCUUCCAGAAGUGAUUGAGGAGGGUGACAACGUUACGUUUCCUAUCCGUGGAGACACAAUGGUGAUGCACUAUACAGGCAAACUUGCCAAGGAUGGAAAGGUCUUCGACUCGUCUCGUGACCGCGGCCAGCCAUUCCACUUCGAGAUUGGUGUUGGCCAAGUCAUUCGUGGUUGGGAUGAAGGUGUCAUGCGCAUGAGUAAAGGCAUGAAGGCUUACCUCAACAUUCCGUCUGUCAAGGGCUACGGAAAAUCUGGUGCCGGCAAUGUCAUUCCUCCUGAUGCUGAUUUGAUCUUUGAGGUCGAAUUGCUGGACAUUGUGCGUCGUUAG